UUACGAUAUUCUUUAGCUUUGUUUCUUUUUUAGUUUUUAGAUGAGGCAGGUUUAGGUGAUUAUCUCUAAUAUUUACCCUAAAAGCCGGUUAGACAAGUUUUCUGUGGGAAUCAGUCGCGUGUGGCUCAUACCACGCAGGAGCUGCGCCUCUACAAGGCAGUGCUGUGGAUCCGCAGAGCGGACUCCCCUCGCCCAGUCCACGAGACCCCCUCUUCAGUACUGACUCACACAUGGAUGUUCAGGGGUUUAAGCGGGUGCGCUGGCGGGUGUGGUUGUGUUGUCUGCUGUCCCUGCUGUCUUUGGGUCUCCUCUUGAUCAUCUUUCACUGGCGUCCUCGACUCGGUGUCCUUGUCCGCUGCCGGCCCUGCCCUCUGGCUUUGGCUGACGUUCUCCUGCUGAGAGACAGCUUUGGUGAGCAACAUGUGGUGGAGGUGCAGACAGAGGAGAUAGAGGAGGGCAGUUUGGACUCGUUGGGACAGCCAGAGGAGGCUGAAUGGAGAGACAACGUUCAACUUCACAAGGAGGAGAAGACGCUGCUGCGGUACUACCUUUUUGAGGGACUGCGUUAUGUGUGGCUCGACAGGAAGGGGGCUUUCUGCCGUGUUAGUGUCCUCAAUGAGGAUUGGACUUGCAAAGAUUUGAAUGGCUUCCAAAAGGGGCUGAGUCCUCGGGAGCAGAGUUUGAGGAGGUCCACGUUUGGAGCCAACCUCAUUGAUGUACCCGUGAAGUCAUACAUGAGGCUGCUGUUUGAGGAGGUCCUCAAUCCAUUCUAUGUGUUCCAGGUGUUCAGUAUCACCCUGUGGACCAUUGAUUCCUAUUAUUUUUAUGCCUUAUGUAUAUUUAUUAUCUCCAUUAUCUCCAUCAGUAUCUCACUUUAUGAAACUCGUAAGCAAAGUGUCACCCUCCGUAACAUGGCUCGGUUUAUAACUAGCAUCACAUUACGCAGAGACUCAGGAGAGGAAGAAAGUGUGAGCUCGGUGGAGCUGGUCCCUGGUGACUGUCUGAUGAUCCCUCAGGAAGGUCUGCUGAUGCCCUGCGACGCCGCCCUGCUGGCUGGGGAGUGUCUCGUCAAUGAGAGCAUGCUCACAGGUGAAAGUGUUCCAGUGCUGAAAACUCCUCUUCCAGCUGAUGACAGGAAGUACAACUCAGAGGCUGAGCGCAGACACACUCUGUUCUGUGGUACCAGCAUCAUUCAAGCCAAAGGAGGACGGACCGGAAGCAACGGGGCUGUUGCUGUGGUUACAAGCACUGGAUUUUUCACAGCCAAAGGUGACCUGGUCAGCUCCAUUCUAUACCCUCAGCCAAUUAACUUCCGUUUUUACAAAGAUGCCAUGAAGUUCCUUCUGAUUCUUGGUGUUGUUGCUCUGAUUGGCACCAUUUACAUUUUUGUGAUCCUCUUCAAAGCCAAUGUCACCUGGCUGCAGUUAGUCGUUAGAAGUCUGGAUAUUGUGACCAUCGUAGUGCCUCCUGCCCUUCCUGCUGCCAUCACCGCAGGAACUAUCUAUGCCCAACGGAGACUGAAGCAUCGUGGUAUUUUCUGCAUAAGUCCUCCACGUAUCAAUGUCUGUGGGAAGGUCUCAGUGUUCUGCUUUGACAAGACAGGAACUCUAACAGAGGAUGGUCUGGAUGUGUGGGGGGUGAUGGAGAAAGGGCCUGCUGGUUUCUCAGAACUGGUUCCAGACCCUAAACUCCUCCCACCGGGUCACAUGCUUUCUGCCCUGGCCUGCUGCCACACUGUUACCCUGCUGCAAGGUCAACAGCUUGGAGACCCUUUGGAACUGAAGAUGGUGGAGUCUACUGGCUGGACUCUCCAGGAGCCAGAGGGAGAUAGGGAUGUUGUAGAUACAGAAUUUGGAAAACACAAAGUUUUGGCCGUUAUGAGACCUCCGACUCAACAGCCUCUGUUUCCAGGAGUUAGAACCAGUGAACCUGUGGCCAUCGUUAAGAGGUUUCCCUUCUCCUCAGCCCUGCAGAGGAUGAGCGUGGUGACGGUGGCCCACAGGGGGCGCUCUGCUCUGGCUUUUGUCAAAGGGUCUCCAGAGAUGGUGGCCAGCCUCUGUCUAGCUGAUACAGUUCCUGCACAGUUUUCCAGCACGCUGCGGAACUUCUCCACCCAAGGCCUCAGAGUUCUUGCUCUCGCCUGUAAACCAGUGGAUGUGAAUUCAGACCUGAUUAACACUGACCGAGGUGAAGUAGAGAAAGACCUUCAAUUUCUGGGCUUACUGAUGAUGAAGAACCUGGUGAAACCUGAAAGUGCAAAAGUUAUUAACAUCUUGAAACUGGCACAAAUUCGCAACAUCAUGGUCACUGGAGACAACAUUUUAACUGCGGUUAAUGUAGCAAAGAGCUGUGCGAUGGUGGGAUCUGAUGAGAAGGUGAUUUUUGUCAACGUGACACCUCACACCACUCAGUCUAUGCCCACUUUGAGGUUCAGUCUAGAGGAUGGAGCUGCACAAACCUCCACAGAUGCUGUGAACCAGAGUCUGUAUCAGGGUGGGUAUGGAUACCAUCUGGCUAUUAACGGCAAGUCCUUUGCUGCCCUGUGUGACCACUUCCCCGAAUAUCUUCCAAAGGUUCUGAUGAAAGCUACCGUGUUUGCACGGAUGUCCCCCGACCAGAAGGCUCAGCUGGUGAAGGAGCUGCAGAAACUGAACUACAGAGUAGGUAUGUGUGGGGACGGGGCCAAUGACUGUGGGGCUCUCAGAGCUGCUGAUGUUGGAGUUUCUUUGUCUGAGGCUGAAGCUUCAGUGGCAUCACCUUUCACCUCCAAGAUCGACAACAUCAGCUGUGUGCCACUGCUCAUCAGAGAGGGUAGGUGCUCUCUAGUCACGUCCUUCAGUCUCUUCAGGUACAUGGCGUUGUACAGCCUCAUUCAGUUCUGCUCCGUCCUCAUCCUGAACACGGUGAAGACUACCUUGGCCGACUUCCAGUUCCUGUUCUGUGACCUGUUUCUGGUGACCACACUGGCCUUGUUCAUGGGGAAAGGUGGCCCCAGUGAGGACAUGUACCCCUGCAGACCUCCAGCCAGCCUGCUGUCCCUGCCUGUGUUUGGCAGCCUCUUCCUUUACACCUGUCUGAUCAGUCUGGGUCAGCUGGCUUCCUUCUUCAUCACCACCACACAGGAUUGGUUUAUUCCACUCAACUCAACUGUGUUUGGAAUAGAAAAUCUACCCAACAUGGAGAACACCUGUGUGUUUAACCUGUCGGGUUAUCAGUAUAUCUUUAUGGCCGUGGUGGUGACCAAGAGUUACCCUCACAAGAAACCUCUCUACCAUAACGUGAUUUUCCUUUGUUUCCUGUUGGUCCACUCCGCUGUGAUGACCUGCCUGGUGUUGUAUCCUGGUCCUUUCUUCAGCCAAUUAUUUAAGCUCUUCAGCUUCACAGAUAUGAACUUUAAGAUGCUGCUCGUCGCUGUGGCUGCUCUCAACUUCCUGGUUUGUUUUGUUGUAGAGAUGCUGAUAGAUUUGGGGAUGUUGAGCUUUCUUCGGCUGCUGAGAGGAAACCGUCCGUCUAAGAAACAGUAUAAACGUCUGAACACUCUUCUGUCUGACUCCACAUCCUGGCUGCCUCUGAAUCAAACUCUGACCCCCACAGAUCACUCAGUCAUCUACUGCAGCUAGCAUCUACCUGCUGCUCUCAUGGACUCUCCUGAGCUUCACUACAUUAGAUCUUUAAAGAGCAAGUCACCACCAAAUCACUUUUUUUUUUGCUGAUAAACUAUAUAAAGGGGUGUGUAAUCAUGCUACAGACACGUGUAGUCAAUAAUUUGGCAGUUCAGUGCAUCUUGGUUAAAAUUCAAAUAUUCUGCCUAAAACUGUCAGUGUUGCGCCGUCGUCAGGGAAAAAUUCUGCACUGUAUUUGAAUUUAAAUCUGCCACCGCUAUUGGCUAAGAGGUAUGCUAUGAUGUCAUCUGGUAUAUUAUGAUGUCAUAAUGCCAUUGUGAGUCUGUGUGUGUGUGUAUUUGUUAGCGGCUCCGCCCUCUCGGUCUGCCAAGCAACAGCAUUUGUUGCAUUUUUCAAACAUGAAGUGGGAGUGGAGUAAGUUUAUUGUAGGGGUGACUUGCUCUUUAAAUUCAUUAAUCAAUUUCCCUCUGGGAUUAAUGAAGUAUUUUUGAAUUGAAUUUGAAUUGAAUCUGUGAACCAACAAUCUAAAGCCAAGUUUCCCUGCAAUAAUAAACUAUAUUUUAUGUA